CACACGGUGCCACCGAAAAUAAGAGCACGAAGAAGAAAACCAUUAGCAAGCGGUAACUGAAAAUUCGCAUAGUGUUGUUACAGUCUCUGUUACAAUUUAUGCGGAAUUUAUUUCCCAUUGAUUAUAUGAAGAAAUUGUUUUUUUCUGCACCAAAGCUGUAAUUCUAAAUCAAGUGUAAGCAUCUUCAGCUUUCUAACAACAGUUCUUUUCGACAGCUAGUUAGCUCAUUGGCUAGCUGGAGAGAGGACUGAAAAGGACAGCCGUGUGUUCAAAAACUGAAGUUUGUCGGAAGGAUCUGAACGACUAUGGCGGACCCUGCACGGAUAAAACCCGAGGAUUCACCGGAGAAAGAGGGUUUUACUAACGACGAGCAUCUGAAGACGGACGAAACGGAACACGAGCCCGAGCCGGAGACUUCCGCCGAUGGCAGCAAAGAACCGUCCAGGCAGGAUCGUCCCAGAGAUUUAAACACAGAAGGUGAAGCAGCAGCAGCAGACGACGAGGAAGAGGGAACGUCCGGUCAGCCUUCCGCCAAACGACUCAAGUUGGAGCCGGAAAAGAAAAAAGAGAAGCGGCAAAAGGUCGAUGAGGAUGAAAUACAAAAGAUGCAGGUUUUGGUGUCGUCGUUUUCCGAAGAGCAGCUCAAUCGCUACGAGAUGUACAGACGCUCUGCCUUCCCAAAGGCCGCCAUUAAGAGGCUGAUCCAGUCCAUAACCGGGUCCUCGGUUUCCCAGAAUGUGGUUAUUGCCAUGUCUGGUAUCUCCAAGGUUUUCGUCGGGGAGAUUGUUGAAGAAGCUCUGGAUGUUUGUGAGAAGUGGGGAGACACGCCGCCACUUCAGCCUAAACACAUGAGGGAAGCAGUUCGGAGGCUGAAGAGUCGAGAUCAGAUUCCCAACAGCAAGUACAAGAACAUCCUGUUUCACUGAGCCGCUCGAGCCGCAGCACCAACAAGGACGUUAGCGUCGCUAAAAACAGUCGUUUCAACACGUGGGCAAACCUGCAAAGUGACGCACGCCGUGGCUGUUCGCCAUCACUGAUGGAGCUCCGGGUCUCUGUAAAGUUAAAUGACAGCCAGGACUGCUGGAAAACUUUAGCUAUUAAAUACUUGAGCAGAAAAAUGUAAAUACAAGUUUUAUACUCUGA